AUGAACGACGGCCUGUUUGCCAGUUUGGACAAGCUUCUGUUAGAAUUUGUUUUCCAGUAUGAGCAAGACAGAAGUACUAAAGAAGAUAUGGUUCAAAGAAUUAAUAAAUGUUUUGAAGAUAUUAAAGAAAACAAAGAAACUAUUCGUAAGAUACAUGAAACCAUAAGUACAACAGAUGAAGAAAUUACUCAUUAUUGUAAACAUAGUAAGGAAAUCAAAGACAGCUGUAAUAAUUGGAAGCCAACAUGUGAUGUUUUUCAUAAACAUGAAGAUUAUAUGCAGGACCAGUUUACUGUUUAUCAAGAAACUAUUGAAAAUGACAAAAAAAUGUAUCAUGAUUAUAUCAGUCAGUAUAAAGAUGUUUUGAAGCAAUACCAACUAAAGUACUCAGAAAACCAUAUUUCACGUGAAUAUUAUGAGAAGAAAAGAGAACAUGAAGAAAUUCAAAACAGAGUGUUGGCUUGUAGUGAACAACUAAAAAUACAUGAAACUAUUCUCAUGGAAUUUCUAGUACCUGCUCCCUUUUCAUCACUUACCAAAUGGACAUUAUAUAUAGUUAAUUUGAGACAUGAAACACAAAAUAUUCUUAAAAAUUUCAACAAUAUUACCAAAAAUUCAUCUGAAUUGAAGAAAGAAAUAGAUGAAAUGGAAAUGGAAAUUAAUUCUUUAAACAAGAGAGGUGUGAUAGUUUUUGAAAAAGAUGAACAUGUGCUUGUAUUGAACAACCCUCCACAAAGCAGUCAAUUAUUUCUUCCCUAUGAAACUCAGAAAUUACUAAGACCAAUAAAGAUACAUUCUUCAAGACCAAGAGUUACAGAAUUAGAUGAAGAAGAUAAUGCCAUCAAACAGUCAAAGAUUGCCAGUGCUGACUUCAGACAAAAAGAAAAUGAUAUCCAGGUAUUUAAUGACUCUGCUAUGAGUGAUAUUACAGCUAUUAAAAGUUCACAAAAUUCUUUGCAAUUCAGAUUAAAUUUACAGAAAAAAGCAAGCUGUAAUCAGUGGUUUGAAAAAGAAAAUACAGAUGCAGAAUGUGGAGAUAAAGGGAUGGUAAGACAAUUGAGAGAAUCAAGCUGUACUUCUUCACAAGCUACAUGUACAGAACACUUUGGAAAGUCAAUAGAAAAUACUAGUGACAAAGUAGAAGAAAGGGCUGAAAUUUUUUCACGAAAUCCUGAAACUCCUAUAUUUUUAAGAACUGAAGCUGUGAAGACACCUGAAUCUUUGGAGAAAAUACAGUUUCCAAAAAGUCCCUUGUUUGAAAUUAACAGAAAUAGAAAUACAGUGCCUGAAGAUCAAACACAAAAAUCUCCUGGAUUUUCAUUUAUUACAAGUUUUGCUUCUAGAUCACCAGGAUUGAAUUUAUUUGACUCCUCUGUAUUUGAUUCAGAAAACUCAUCAGAUCAGUUUAAUGAGCAUUAUUCUGCAGUAAAUCUAAAUCCUCCAUCACAAGAAAUUGGAAACAUAUUUGGGAAACCAGAAGGAGAAGAUGCCUUUACAUUUUCUUUUCCAUCAGACACUUCAACUCAUACAUUUGGAGCUGGAAAAGAUGACUUUAGUUUUCCAUUUUCUUUUGAAAAAAGUCAAAACACACAACCUUCCUCUUCAAAAGACUUUUCACCUUCCUCACAAAAUUCAACACAAUUUACAUUUUUUUGA